AUGGCAAGGUAUUUCAUACUGUCCAAAGCCUCCCAGGGAAACAUCGACAGCUUCUUUCUACACGCUCCGCCAAGCAGUGACGAGUGCUCCUACAGCACUGGGCGAGGUUUUAUCAAGAGGCUGGAGGAAAUGAACGACAUAUUGGGAAAGUCGAGCUGGAAUCAUUCGGAGGUGGAUAUUGGGGGGGAGAAGAUCUCUUACUACUACCGGGAUCCAAUGCUAGUCGUCCGAUAUCUUUUGGGGCAACGUGCCUUCCGGGAUUCAUUGGUGUACUCGCCGGUGGUGGAGCAUAAUGAAUUCGGUGAGCGAAUGUACGUAGAAAUGCAUACAGGAGAUUGGUGGUGGGAGAUACAGAAUACGUUACCGGAGGGGUCCCCUGUCGUACCAAUUAUCUGCGCGUCGGAUGGCACACAUCUGACAAAUUUUAGCGGGGACAAGAAAGCCUGGCCAAUCUAUCUUACCAUCGGGAACAUCAAGUCGUCGGUGCGCAACAAGCCCACAGGGCAUUCAUUCAUUCUCCUAGGGCUUCUACCUGUGCCACCGAAGCUCGGGAAGAAUACAACACUCGCUAACUCCAUUUUACGACGUCAGAGUCAAAUGGCGCUGCACCGCGCUCUUGGGGAGAUCUUUCAAAGCAUUCGCGAGUGCUCUCAGGACGGCGAGUUAAUCAAAUGCGCCGAUGGCUAA